AUCCACUCGCUCUUCUUGUGCACAAGUGUACUGAUCCCUGUCAAACACCCUAAUACAGGGCUCAAGACCCAGUGGAUCCCAUGCUGCAGAGACCAUGUAUAACUCGAGCUGUUACAACCCCAGUUCCUUCAUCCUGAUUGGAAUACCCGGCCUGGAAAAGUUCCACAUCUGGAUUGGGAUUCCCUUCUGUGUCACCUAUAUUGUGGCAACGGAGGGCAACUGCGUCCUCCUCUACCUCAUCGCAGUUGAGCAGAGCCUCCACGAGCCCAUGUUUUUCUUUCUCUCUCUGCUGGCCAGCACAGAUCUCAUCCUAUCCACUAUCACAGUGCCCAAAUUACUCAGCAACCUCUGGUUUGGCUCCCAAGAAAUAACCUUCUCCGGUUGCCUGGCUCAGAUGUUUUUCCUGCACUUCAGCUUUGUGGUAGACUCCGCUAUCCUGUUGGCAAUGGCGUUUGAUCGCUAUGUGGCCAUCUGUCUCCCCCUAAGAUACAGCAGCAUUCUGACUCCACGGGUGAUCGUCAAGCUGAUGGUGAGCAUCGUCACGAGGAGCUUCUGGGUCAUCCUACCGGAUGUCUUCCUGCUGAAACGCUUACCAUUCUGCGGCACACGCAUCAUCCCACACACAUACUGUGAGCAUAUAGGGGUAGCCCGACUUUCCUCGGCUGACAUCUCCGUGAACAUCUGGUAUGGAUUUUGCAUGCCCCUCAUGACUGUCAUCUCAGAUGUCAUCCUCAUCGCUGUUUCCUAUAUCUUCAUCCUCCGCGCUGUCUUUCGGCUCUCCUCCCAGGGCGCCCGCCAAAAGGCCCUGAGCACCUGCGGCUCCCACGUCUGUGUCAUCCUCAUGUUUUACACGCCCGCCUUCUUCUCCAUCCUCGCGCAUCGCUUUGGGCACGGCGUCCCCAGAAAUGUUCUCAUCCUGUUUGCGAACUGCUACGUCGCCAUCCCACCCGCUCUGAACCCUAUUGUUUAUGGGGUGAAGACCAAGCAGAUCCAAGACAAAUUUAUUCUUCUCUUCACUUUGAGGAAGACACGAUGA